AUGAGGUCCACUUCUGGGAGGUUCUUUCUGAUACAGAAGUGGACCUCCGCCAUAAUUGGACACAGGUGGUUCUCAUGGAUACCGAGCAGAUUGACGUUGGCACAUUUCAAGCCAGUAGCAAGAUGCGCAAUAGCCGCCUGGAUAGGCCUUCUCCUUCAGCUGAUCCGACCAACAGAGGCGGCUCUAGGCUACGCAGCGUUUUUUGUCCUGGUCAUUGCAUUCAUGAUCCCUCCCGCCCUCCCCUUCAUUCAAAGUCUUGAAAUCUACAUCAAUCUCUAUUCCUUCGCUGCGAUUGGCUGGGCUUGGACAGCUCUAGGUGUUUUCAUCGCAGGCCAGAUCCGUGUACCGUUGAGCGACGAUCGCAUAGCAGAGGCACGCGCAAAAUGGGCACCAUUCGAGUCUUCGGCAGCUUCGCUGGAUCGAAGGCUGAUCUUCGAGGGGACUUACAUAGAAGCACGCAGCGCUAGCGUGCUUGCCGUAUUUCUCGGCGUCGGGACUGGCACCUUCCUAUGGUACAAGAUGCGCACGCAACCGUCUCCCGCGACAUUUCCCUUGGUCUUGUCCUGCAUCCUCAUGGACAUUGGUCUGACAACGGCGGCGCUAUACCCUACGCCGUAUUACACAAGCGGUUUGCUUUUCUUCUUGCCCAUGGCGGUCCAAGGUGGCAUUGCGAUCCUUUGCUCCCUCGUCGUCUUCCCAGAAUCAGUGAGCCAUUCAUUCUUAUCUAAAAUCCGCGGGGUGCUCGCACCGAUGUCGCAAGCGCUCGACGAAACGGUCAAAUUGUUCGAACGUUCUAAUCUCGAAAUUCACGAUUGGGCAGAGCACAGCCGUGCAAUCCGGCAAAAGCUGCUGAUAUCGCUUGAUGGUAUUCCUCCUCUUCGAACGCAGAAAAGGUAUCUGAGAGUUGACAUCAGCUACGGGCUGUUGUCCCCGAGGGAUGCUCACGAAAUUUUUGACCGGGUCGCCGCACUCCAAGCCCGGUCUGGCGGUCUGGCAUUCUUUUUCGACGUCUUGGUGACGAAUACUCUCCACGCACACCUCGACUCAUCCGCAUGGUCUGCCCACAACAUCUCUAUUCCCCAUUCCCAAACCGCUUCAGGCCUCGUUACACCUGAUGAACAUCCGAGGCCGCCCUCAAGAGCAAUCUCUGCCGAGCAUCUGGCACACACCCUGCUCCGUCUGAGCCACCGGACGCAGAGACCUGUGGGCCUGUGGGAAUCUCAGCGCUAUAUGGACGUGGAGAGACCUUUUGCAGAUGACACCGCAGACGCUUUGGAACAGCUCGACAUCCUGUCGAAUACCGCUCAUGAACUGGUAUCAGCCUGUCACUCGAGUCUCAAUGCCACCAUGACACUCGCCGCGUCUUUCAGCGCCUCUCGACCGCCAGCUGGGGCUGCAAGUGUGCUCAAGUCCCAUAGAGAUGCCCUGGCCCGCUUUCACAAGCUUAGACUCAAGGCAUUAGCCUCAUAUCGUCGGGCAUUUGAAACGGGCUCGAGCGAAGUCUAUCGCAAGGUUCAUUUCCGCAAUCUAUUCCAAUCCUUCGUGGCUCAAUACCACCUGAUCGAAUUUUCGGAGGCGCUCAUCGAUACCCUAGAGCUCAUGGAAUCCCUUCGCCUUUCGCGUACCAGGCGACGAUUCUGGACGCCAAAAUUGUCUGACCUCAUCGCGCAUAGUCGUGGAUCAGAAGAUGGACGAGGCAAUGAUGUGCCGAUGUACGAAGACGACGUUCUUGGCCUCGUAAAACGCAGAGAUCCAGAGAGUACACCUUUCGACAGCAGCACACUCGAUCUUUUGUCUCGCUUGACUCGCCUGCCAGACCUUCUGGGUACCCGGAGUUUUGCAUUUCUCUUGAAAGCUGGGGUACUGACGGUCCUAACAGCGCUGCCUCAAUUCCUAAAACAGUCUGCGGCUUUCUACUACUACAAUCGGGGCAUUUGGUGCACCAUCAUGGCCCAGAUGACCCUCGCUGUAUUCGCUGGCGACACUGCCGGAGCCUGGAUCGCUCGAGUGGUGGCUUCUUUCUGGGGAGCUCUCCUUGGAACAGUGGUGUGGUACAUAGGAUGCGGGGCCUCCUCCGGCAACGCAUUUGGACUCGGAGCGAUCUGCGCAGCAACCUUUCCCCUCGCAAUGUUCUUCCGCCUUCACUUCCCAGGCCAGGUAUUGACAUCAGUCAUGACAACAGUAACAUUCGCUCUAGUCAUUGGCUAUUCCUACCUCAACGGCACCGUCGGAGCCCUCACUGACGCCAAGUGGGGGUUUGACGUUGCCUGGAGACGCCUCGUAUGCGUUCUGAUCGGAAUCACGUCAGCUUACAUCUUCUCCUACCUACCGCCGGCGUAUUCAAGCAAACGGGCGAUUCGUCAGUCGUACGCCGGGGUUAUCGUAGAUACUGGCAGUAUCCUCUGCGGCGUAUUGUCUCAAGCGAAUCUGAGGAGUCCCCGCAUGGCGAACGAUCCUUCCACACGGAAUGAAGUUCUCACCCUUCGCGCAAAGCUGGCAAAGCUAGGAGCCCGUCACGCCAACGCGAAACUCGAAUACUCGCUGCGCGGAAGAUGGCCAGAGGAGCGUUACAGAGCAUUGUUGGAAGCCCUUCGCGACAGUCUGCUUCUCUUGCACCAAUUCCACCAUGUCCUGACUCAAAUGGACAUGCCAUGGCGUCAACUACUGCUCAACCGCACUCGCUUUGACGACCCAUUGUUCCUUGGAGACGUUCUUGCAGUUUUCUCCAUGACGUCCACUGCACUUGCCGCUGGAACAGCUCUGCCUCAGAUCACCCCCAGCCCCUUGGUAGCCCGCUUCAGGAUGGGGAAGACCAAGGGAUUAGAACUUCCGGCCCAUCUGACGCACACGGCUGAGCUGGUCACGAUAGAUGUCAUGGAAUCUGUAGAGUACAUGAGAUACGCUCUUGGUAUCACUACGAGCUUCUCGCUCCUCGCUCGACUGGACCGAAUUGUAGUGAUCUGCAAGACCUUGCUCGGGGAGCAUUAUCAUGUUUCCGGUAUCCACCUGUAG